UUUAGGAUCUGAAAGAAGCAUAUGAUAGUUUCAAAGCAACUUAAGAUUGUGGACAGUCCGGAGGUACAGAUAUUCAACAUAUGUCAACAUUCGAGCCCAUUCAAACUUGUGUUGAGUCUGGCAGUGGAAAAAAAUUUCGAGUGUCAGGUGUCAUUGGCAGUUCCCAAGGCAAAAAUACAUCUUCGCACAAGACGGAUUCAGACAUUACCCGUCCGAAGACUCACAAGAUGCAUUCAGGCAAGACCACUGACCAAGACCGUGGCUGUACAGUGUGACCUGUACAAGAGGAGUGAGAUUGUGUUUGAAGAGGACAUGGACAUAGAGGAAGAUAAGGCUGAGGAAACAAUCCAGAUUACUUCCCCAACACCAAUCCUGGUGAAAGAACUGAAAUCAUAUGUGUCUGAUGUAUUAAGAAGGUCUAUAGUACUUGAACCUGCCACUUCUUCAGAUGGAAUGUAUUCCCUUGAUGAAAGAACAUUGGGCGUUCUGCCCCAGGCUCGCACCCACUGA